AUGCCGCCGCCCGCAAACGACUCCAAUCCCAUACAGCAACCUCCGACCAAGCUAUCAGGAGCCCCGCCAUCACCAGAGGACCAGGAGCGGUUAGAGAGGAGACUCAAUGCUAUACUCGAGGAUCAAAUGGCUAUCAAACGAGCCGCAGAAACUUCAGUGGCCGCAUUGCAAGAACCGCCCGCUCCCACAAUUCAACAGCCUCCUCCAAAAGAAUCGGAACCACCCACAAAGGAUGAGCCCUUGGAUAAUAUCGCUCGCGUACCGGACGAACACCUGCCUUCGCAUCAAGAGAAGCAGCGAUGGAGCCUCUCAAAACGCUUCUCCAAUGCCAUGGAUGAGCUGCUACCGAAGCUUGCCGUCGUCACACAAAAGGUCAAUACAUAUACUGGAACCGACUACUCUGGCGUCGAGGCACUCAGGAGGGAGAUCAAAGAGCAGGAGAAACUUGUCAAGGCCCGCCGUUUAGCCAUCGACUCCGCUAAACAAGCCCUCGACACCGCCCUCGCCCACCAAGCUACCUCGCAAAAAGAAGUUGUCGCUCUCCUGGAGCGUAAACAUUCAUGGUCAAAUGGCGACCUUGAACGCUACAUGGCCCUCAUUCGCUCCGAACACAUCAAUGAUCAAGCCGUUCGGGAAGCCAAGGACGCCGUCGCAAACGCCGAAAAUGCUUUGGAAGACGCGCGAGCACAACUGGAAAAGCGGGAACGUGCACAAUACCACGAAGAGCAGAUCUGGAGCGACACCAUCCGAAGGAACAGUACUUGGGUCACGUUUGGCCUCAUGGGUGUCAAUAUCUUCCUGUUGCUAUUGAGUUUGGCAAUCUUGGAGCCGUGGCGAAGGAGGAGGAUGGUCAGGGAAAUCAAGAAGGCUUUGGAGGCGCAGCAUCAGAUUGCUAUGGAUGCUGCAGCGUCAUCGGCUGCUGCUACUGCACUUGUGCCCAUGUCAGCCACGCAAGGUCUAACAGCAAUUGAGCAAGACAUCGACAGGGUUGUUGAUCGUACAGACGCACCUGUCAAGGCACCGCUCGUGGUUGCCGAGGAGGUCGUUGAAGAGUCCCCAACAGCGGGAACAACCAUCGUGUCGUCGGUCGAACCUGAACUCGUUCCCGAAGUCGUCCAGGAAUCCGCUGUAACUGUUGAAGCUGAGGCUCUUGUCCCUGAAGAAGAGACCCUGACACCAGAGGAACGCGUUACCAUUGCCGAAGAAAUCUCGUCAUCUCACACCACUCCCCCCUCCAAACUAGAAAGCUGGCAGCAAAAGGCGAGCUUCAUAGCACAUGACAUUGUUAGCGAUCGCGUCAUUUCAAUGCGGCGGAUCGACUAUACCAGCGCCAUCCUCCAAGGCGCUGCGGCUGGGGCUGUCAUCACAGCGAGCAUCAUUGCUAUGCUGAGGCCGAAUUGA